AAGCCGGGCCGGGAUUUCCCGCGCAGGCGCCGGGCGCGGGCCGCUGGCCAUGGGCGCUGCGGCACUGGGGCGGGCCGCGGGGGCCGUCGGGGCGCGAGCCCUGCGCGGGGCGGGCUGCCCGGUGCUGCGGGCGGGCUGGGGCCGCCGGCUCUGGGCGCCCUCGGGGGGAUCCGCGGCCGCCGGCGUCGCGUCGGGCUCGGGCGCGCUGAGCCCCUUCGACCGGCGGCUGAAGCGGAAGCAGAAGAACUGGGCGGCGCUGCGGGCCGAGCCCGCCGAGUGCGAGUACCUGCGGCGGGAGGUCGGCGGCAGGAUAGCGGACAGGGUGUUCGACAUCCCCAGAACUUUUCCUCUUGCCUUGGAUCUUGGCUCUGGAAGAGGUUACAUAGCUCAGCACUUAACCAAGGAAACAGUUGAAAAACUUAUUCAAGUUGAUAUUGCGGAGAAUGCUUUAAAAAAUGCUGUAGAAUCUGAAAUCCCUACAGUCAGUGUUGUAGCUGAUGAGGAAUGCCUUCCUUUCAAAGAAGAUACAUUUGAUCUUGUUGUUAGCAGCUUAAGUUUGCAUUGGGUGAAUGACCUUCCUAGAGCUUUUAGAGAGAUUCACCAGGUUCUUAAGCCAGAUGGAGUAUUCAUUGGUGCAAUGUUUGGGGGAGACACUCUAUAUGAGCUUCGCUGCUCUUUGCAGCUAGCAGAAUUGGAAAGAGAAGGGGGGUUUUCUCCUCAUGUAUCACCAUUCACUGCUGUCUCUGAUCUGGGACAUCUGCUGUCAAGAGCUGGCUUUAACACCCUGACUGUGGAUACUGAUGAAAUUCAAGUCAACUACCCAGGGUUGUUUGAGGUUAUGGAAGACUUGCAAGGUAUGGGGGAGAGUAACUGCUCUUGGAAUAGAAAACCUCUGCUACACAGGGAGACAAUGUUGGCAGCUGCUGCAAUAUACAGAGAAAUGUACGGAAAUAGCGAUGGCUCUGUACCUGCCACAUUUCAGAUCUACUACAUGAUUGGCUGGAAAUUCCAUGAAUCACAGGCAAGACCAGCCCAGAGAGGUUCUGCAACAGUUUCAUUUGGAGACCUUGCAAAAAUAGAUGGACUGCUUUCAAGAGGAAAAAAAUAGUUCUUCAUCAGAAAUAAUAGUUAUCUUAAAGCUUCUGUAAAGCUUCUCAUUGCAGAUAGUCUACGGUUGUGCUUAUAUUGUCACAAGAUUCUGAAAUAACUCUGUGCAUAGCUGGAUUUUUUGGUUUUGUACUGCCUAUGCUACAACAUCAGCUGUGUAAAAUGAUGUUCAUUUUUUGUUUCUAGAGAAAUAUUUGAGCAGUGUUCUAGGUGAAUACAUGCUUUCUCAACUUUUGAUUAAAUUACUAUUCUCAAA